AAAAGUGCAGGCUCACGCUCAAGGGCAACUGGAGCAGUUCGAGCAGCAGCAACAGCAGCAACAUCUGCAGCAGCAACAACAGCAGCAGCAGCAACUGUUGCAGCAUCAGCAGCACCAGCAACACUAUCACAACUACGACGGCAAUAGCAACAAUUACAAAAUGCAUUUAACAACAACAUCCAGCAACUCAACGGCAUCCAAUGCCAACAACAAUAACAACAACACAACCAACAACAACAACACCAGCAGCAACAACAACACCAGCAACACGAACGGCAGCAGCAACAACACGAGCGGCGGCAACAACAACAGCAGCGGGAACAACAACAGCAACACGGAGCAAAACACCCCGCCAACGCCGGCGCAACUGCUGAAUGAGGCCUACACGAAGAUGACCUCUGACAUACUGGCAGAGCGGACGCUGGGCGACUUCCUCACCGAGCACCCGGGCGAGCUGAUCCGCACCAGCAGCCCGCUCUUCGUCUGCACCGUGCUGCCGCCGCACUGGCGCAGCAACAAGACGCUGCCGGUGGCCUUCAAGGUCGUCUCGCUGGGCGACAUCAUGGACGGCACGAUGGUCACCGUGCGGGCGGGCAACGACGAGAACUACUGUGCGGAGCUGCGCAACUGCACGGCGGUGAUGAAGAACCAGGUGGCCAAGUUCAACGACCUGCGGUUCGUCGGCCGGAGCGGCAGAGGGAAGAGCUUCACGCUAACCAUCACCGUGUCAACGAAUCCACCGCACAUAGCCACCUACAACAAGGCGAUCAAAGUGACUGUCGACGGGCCGCGCGAGCCCCGCUCCAAGACAAGACAGCAACAGCAGUUCCACUUUGCCUUCGGACAGCGACCGUUCCACUUCUCCACGGAUCCCCUUUCCGGCUUCCGGAUGCCGCCCAUUGGCAAUUGUCAGAGCGCCAGCAACACGCACUGGGGCUAUGGAUCGGCAGCCUCUGCGUACUCGCCGUACCUGGCCAGUAGCGGAUUAUCGUCCUGCACCACGCCCACUUCCGCCCAGUUCAACAAUCCGGCCCUGGGCUUCACCUGCUCCUCCAAUGAUCAGAGCAACAACCAGGACUUCGGGGGAGCCACCAAUCGCGACUGCGUUCCAAUGCUCCCCGACUCGACGGCCAGCGACCUCGACCAGCACCUGAGCAGCCUCGUGGGCUCGACCAGCGGCCAGAUGACGCACCACAGUCUGCUGGGCGCCGGCGGCCAGACCUCGAUCUCGUCCACGGUGAACGGGGCGAGCGGCGGCAGCGGCGGGGCAGGAGCCGCCGGCGGAGGAGCGGGCAGCGGCGGUGGCGCCGGUGGCGGCGGAGCGGGCGGCAACUCCAUCCUGGUGCCGCGCUACCACACGAACGCCAGCAACGAGUACAACGUCCACUCCAGCCAGAAUGGACCGCGCAGCCUGUCCGACAGCUCGCAGGCGGAGUCGCCCGUGCAGGAGGACCUGCUGACCACCAACACGCCGAACCUGGGCAGCACGGCGGGCGGUGGCGGGGCAGCCAACGGUGGGGCGGCCUCGAAUGCAGGCAGUGGGGCGGCGGGUAGCAGUGGAGCCGGCGGGGCCGCCUCGGCGGUGGGCAAUCCCGCGAUGCUAGGUGCCAACCAGAACUUCCCCGGGAUCGUCAAUCAGGCCCAGCACUCGGCCGCCUCCGCCUAUGGCGGCGGGUCCGGGGUGGUGGGUGGCGGGCAUGGCAGUGCCGCCGCCGCUGCUGCCGGAUGCAAUGGCUCCCUGUAUCCCGUGCUGCCGGCCAGCCUGCUCUACUCCCAGCUCUAUACCGCCGCCAACCAGUCCGCCCAUGGCUUCCACUCGCACACCCUGCCCGCCCAUGCCUCCCCCAACUCCUCGGUGCACGGGGAGCUGCAGAGCGUGAUGGACCACAUCAGCAAUGUGGGCGUCCGGCAGCAGCACAACAUCAUGGCCGGCGGGGGCGUGACCCAUCCGGGCGAUCUCACGCUGAUUGGGAACUGCGGGGCCUCGGUGCGGAAUAUCGAGGACGGGAAUAGCAAUCGGCAGGUGGCCGCCUUAGCUGCCCAUCGCGGCCACCACAAUCCCACCGACAAUGGGGGCAGCGUUUGGAGGCCCUAUUGA